ACUACCCGACCAAUACCCUCAUAUAAACAGGCCAUAGUCAGUGGCCUGAUCUAACCUUGGACGAUCGGCGGUGAACCAGUUACUGAUACUAUCUGAACACGGCGUGCGUCACUAGUUUUGGAAUUCUGCAAUUCACGCUUGGAAAUCGGCAGCACUUGCGGCAGCCCAGACACGGCUGCAGAGAUCGAGAACACCCGCCACCUGGGUCUCGCCUGUCAGUCUCCACUGUUUCACCUCUGCCUCCAACUGCCGCUUUCUCUGCUUUUUUUAUCAUGGAGAACAAUCUCUCUGCUGCUCGCGCAUCCCGACGCUACCUUGACGAGCGCCUUCGGAACGACUGGGAGUACCCGGACGUACCCGCAGCAUGGUCAGCCUCGGACGAGGAAGUUCGAGAUGCCGCAGAUUUUCGGGAACGCUACUAUGGAGAGUCGGAGUCUGCCGAUUCGGAUACUGAAGAUGAGCGUGUCGGCACAUACAAGUUUGACACACCGGAUGCUAUCGGCGACGCUGUAACCCGCGCUCGCGAUGCGCGUAGGAGGAGGCGCAAGGAGCGGUUGGAGCAGGAGAUGAAGGAGAAUCCCGGCCUGAGGAUAUGGGUAGAACGAAGGGAUGCAUGGACAGGCGCAGCAAGUGUCAAGAAAUAUGGCACCCAUCGACAGAGACCGACAAACCGCCCAUCGUCUGCAGCGGGCUACUCGUCGGAAGAACAUCCCACCACACCCACGGGCUCCGAGUCGCAUUCAAUCACCAGCACAACAACACCAGACACAUUUGACCUGGUGCCCGUUGCGCCCCGCCUACUCAGCCAGAAUGCGAUCCGCGCCUCCAUCACACCAAAAGUAUACCCGGAUAUCUACCAAAAGAUUGUCGUCUCCUCGCGCACACCCUCUGUCCCCAUCAAUCUCGCAGACAUGAUAAAAGCCUUGGUACAAGGCUGGAAAGACACAGAUGAAUGGCCUCCUAGGCCCGGAGUCAUUGAUCCUCUGGCUGGGAAGAAGCGUGUUAUCCCUAGUACUACAUCGAGUGGGCAUCAUCACGCAGGCUUCAUUGCGCGACACCCUCAUUUGGAGAAGAGCGUGGAUGGCAUGAAACGUAUCUUGCAUCUUAAUGGGCAUCACGAUCAGGGUCAGGAAGAGGGUGCUGAACAUGCGCAAGGCGAAAAGAAGGAUUGAGGUCGACUCUCUGCUUGCUCAGUCUGUCUGUGUUAUUCCGCGAAACUGAUGCACUUGGUAGUACAUGCAAAUAUCUCAUCCAUGCUUAACGCGACAGACAACGGCUGGCUUUUGUUUCGUACUCCGAAAUCGGUUUUUCGUCUCACUGUCAUGUCACGCGCCCACGAGUUGGCAUUGCUAGUGGGUGAACGGGAGUGGAAUAAGAAGAUGAAAGCUCGUAUUAGAUAUCCAUAUCAGCUGAUUUUUUACAUCAGCGGCCCCUUGGCAUUUAAUUCAGCCAGCUGGUGGCCUAACACCUGACUUGAACACUUUUCACCAU